AUGCUUGAGUGUGUUUUAUUUCAGGUCACUGCCUCUGAGGACAGUCAGGACAGGGCGGUGGGCCUUUUCUCCAAACCAUGUUCUGGAACGAUCCAUACCCAGAUACAGCAAUACUUGCAAGUUUGUCAGUAACAGUACACAACAUUUUCAGUAGAAAGAAACCACUGAAUUUGUUUGCUUUCUAAUAGUUGUAAAAUUCCAUAACUGAUCAUUUUGUAAAUGAAUGUCUCCGUCAGUCAUGUUUUAUAUGCUUCUUGAAAACCCCCUAAGUAAUUUUGUAAGAGGUGAGACUAGAACAGCAUUUGAUAUUGGGUAAAUCAUAUGCACAAUAAUUUAGAUUCACGUGGUAUAGCCCUAGCCCCAGCAGUAUGUCUUGUCUCAGGCAGCAAGUAGAUGGCGUCUGACUACAACACAACCAAUACAGUGAUAGCUGAGUCACACAACUAGGUCCUACUGUGGCAACAGUAGCCUACAGAAACUGGUGUGAAUACUGGUGUAGAGCCUUUUUAGCGUCUGGAAAUUAUCGGGAAUCGUCUUGAAGAUGCUGUCGAUAACGUUGAAGACUCUUCAGCAGCAAACGUUUAAAAUAGAAAUAGACCCAGAACUAACGGUAAAAGCCCUGAAGGAGAAGAUUGAGACUGAGAAAGGGAAGGAUGGCUAUCCAGCCACGGGGCAAAAGUUAAUCUACGCAGGCAAAAUCUUGAAUGAUGACAUACCUCUAAAAGACUACAGAAUUGAUGAGAACAACUUUCUGGUGGUCAUGGUUACAAAGCCCAAACCUCCAGCUACUCCACAUAUUUCUCCUCAGGCAGCCACAGCCCCAGCCUCUACCCCUGCUCCUGCCCCUGCACCUCCUGCUGUUUCUGGGCUGUCCCUCUCUGACAUUGCCCGACCUACCUCAUCCCCUGCCCCCAUGGAGAUCUCCACCAUGUCCCCUACAUUCACACCUGCACCUGCCUCAAACCUCACACAAGCAGUGGAGUCCUUCACACCCCCUGCACCAGCCCCUGCUUCUAUUCCCCCUGCAGCCCUGGGGACCAGUGCAUCCCCAGCAGCAGCAGCAGCAUCCUCCCUCUCAGAGGACAAGCCUGAGGGGGAGCACCCUGAACAGCCCUUUGCUACACCACCAGCCCUCUCCUCCUCCAGCCUUGUUGAUGAUUUAAGUCUCCUGGAAGAAGCAGCAUCAAUACUGGUGACAGGACAGGCAUAUGAGAAUCUAGUGUCUGAAAUCAUGUCUAUGGGAUAUGAAAGGGAGCAGGUUAUUGCAGCGCUGCGAGCCAGUUACAACAACCCAGACAGAGCCGUGGAGUACCUGCUAAUGGGGAUUCCGGCCGAGGCUGACCUUCUGCCACCGGAGGCGUUCCUACCCACAGUUCUGGCCAACCUCAACCCCACUGCCCCAGCUCCUGCCCCAGCCCCUGCUCCAGCCUCAGAUAGAACCCAGCCCCCAUCAGCAGCCACGACAGUGUCUUCAACCCAGCAGCCCCCCUCAUCUGGUGGGCUGACUGGUGGGCUUACUGGUGGAGGUACUGGGGGUGAGAACCCCCUGGAGUUUUUGAGGAACCAGCCACAGUUCCAGCAGAUGAGACAGGUCAUCCAGCAGAACCCAGCUCUCCUUCCUGCCCUGCUCCAGCAGCUAGGCAGAGACAACCCCCAGCUGCUGCAGCAAAUUACCCAGCACCAGGAGCGGUUUGUGCAGAUGCUGAACGAGCCCCAAGGAGGAGAGAUGGUAGAGGAUGGAGUUGAGGCUCAGGGGGCGCCACAGACUAACUACGUCCAGGUCACCUCACAAGAGAAGGAGGCCAUCGAGAGGUUAAAAGCCUUGGGAUUUCCAGAGGGACUUGUCAUUCAAGCAUAUUUCGCAUGUGAGAAGAAUGAGAAUUUAGCUGCUAAUUUCCUGCUCCAACAAACAUUUGAUGACGAGUGAAUGUGCAUGCGUCAGCAUGAAGGGGAAGAAUGGAGGGCUAGAGAACGAGUGAUAGUGCUACAAAAUGCGCUUUGGAAGGAAGGAGUGGAAAAGGUUACCAAAAGUGACUUGUCAUUGGACAAAGACGUGAUGUUUAGUUACUGUAUGCUAUGCCUUCUCCAUUCUCUCUGAGUAUGUUAGCUCUCAGUGGGCUCUCUUGCUCACUGAUGCUCUUACUGCUGCUAUCACUGCUGCUACUACUGCGGCUUCUCACUGCGAUCAUUGCUGCUAAUACUGCUGCUAUUACUGCUGCUAUCACUGCUGCUAUUACUGCUGCUAUUACUGCUGCUAUUACUGCUCCUAUCACUGCUACUAUUACUGCUGCUAUCACUGCUGCUAUUACUGCUGCUAUUACUGCUGCUAUCACUGCCGCUAUUACUGCUGCUAUUACUGCUGCUAUCACUGCUGCUAUUACUGCUGCUAUCACUGCUGCUAUUACUGCUGCUAUUACUGCUGCUAUCACUGCUGCUAUCACUGCUGCUAUUACUGCUGCUAUCACUGCUGCUAUUACUGCUGCUAUCACUGCUGCUAUCACUGCUGCUAUUACUGCUGCUAUUACUGCAGCUAUCACUGCUGCUAUCACUGCUGCUAUUACUGCUGCUAUUACUGCUGCUAUUACUGCUGCUAUCACUGCUGCUAUCACUGCUGCUAUCACUGCUGCUAUUACUGCAGCUAGUACUGCUGCUAUCACUGCUGCUAUUACUGCUGCUAUUACUGCUGCUAUUACUGCAGCUAUCACUGCUGCUAUCACUGCUGCUAUUACUGCUGCUAUUACUGCUGCUAUUACUGCUGCUAUCACUGCUGCUAUCACUGCUGCUAUUACUGCUGCUAUCACUGCUGCUAUUACUGCUGCUAUUACUGCUGCUAUCACUGCUGCUAUCACUGCUGCUAUUACUGCUGCUAUUACUGCAGCUAUCACUGCUGCUAUUACUGCUGCUAUCACUGCUGCUAUUACUGCUGCUAUCACUGCUGCUAUUACUGCUGCUAUUACUGCUGCUAUCACUGCUGCUAUUACUGCAGCUAUCACUGCUGCUAUUACUGCUGCUAUCACUGCUGCUAUUACUGCUGCUAUCACUGCUGCUAUCACUGCUGCUAUUACUGCUGUUUGUGCUGUGUCCAUCCAUAGAUUUACAGUGGAAGUUUGCCUCACCAUAUAUUGCUUUUCAACCUCUCUCAAAGGAAACCCCAAACAUACUUUGAUUUGUGUUUGCUAUGUGGGAGAAUAUCUCCUAGGAGAAUAUACUUGAGUUUUCCGUGAUAAAGUGACAAAACCAGCAAAAUGGCCAUGGAACUCAAAUGUAUUGUUUGUUUUUUAACUCAGAUAUUUUGUAAAUGAAAUGUCAUAUCAAAGUUGGAGAGGUACUUUGGCACUUUAUUUUACUUUUACAGAAUUAAUGUUUCUAUUGUUUAUGUAUAAUCGUUUGUGUAAAAGAUAAGGAAGUUCUGUUAUUGAUAAGUGUCAUCAUAUUGAAAUGUGAUAACACUGUAAGAUGAGACAUAAUGAGAAAUCCUGGAUUUGGUUCCAGAUGUGUCCCCAGUAUAGUUUCACUGUAAGAUGAGACAAGAUGAGUAAUCCUGGAUUUCAGAUCAAAUAAAUUCAAAGUUUAUUUGUCACGUGUGCCGAAACAACCUUACAGUGAAAUGCUUAGUUACAGGCCCUAACAAACAGUGUAUAAAAUAGGUAUUAGGUUAACAAUAGAUAAGUAAGGAAAUAAAAAACAACAAUGAAAAGACAGUGAAUAAUAACAGUAGUGAGGCUAUAUACAGUAGCGAGGCUAUAACAGUAGUGAGGCUAUAUAUAGGCACCGGUUAGUCAGACGAAUUGAGGUAGUAUGUACAUGUAGUUAUGGUUAAAGUGACUAUGCAUAUAUGAUAAACAGAGAGUAGCAGUAGCGAAAAAGAGGGGUUGGCGGGUGGCAGGACACAAUGCAGAUAGUCCCGGUAGCCAAUGUGCGGGGGCACCGGUUAGUCGGGCUAAUUGAGGUAGUAUGCACAUGAAUGUAUAGUUAAAGUGACUAUGCAUAUACGGUAAACAGAGAGUAGCAGCAGUGGUUCCAGAUGUGUCCCAGUAUAGUUUCACUGUAGGAUGUGACAUGAUGAGUAAUCCUGGAUUUGGUUCCAGAUGUGUCCCAGUGUAGUUUCACUGUAAGGUACCACAUGACUGCACUAAAUGAAGUUUGAGCAACAUAGUUGUUUUUUACAAAUGCUUGCUCAACACUUGAAAGCUAGUUCUAAUGAUAAGCUGUAGACCACACUAUUUACCAAGAGAGUUUUCAUCUAUAUUUUGAUUUGAUUAGAAUUUUAGUUCGAGCUGAAUGUCAUUUGAGCCAUGUCCCUUUGUUAUUAUUUCAUAAGCAUGUUAAGCACACCAGUCCCGUGUAGCUCAGUUGGUAGAGCAUGGCACUUGCAGUGCCACGGUUGUGGGUUCGAUUCCCACGGGGGACUAGUAUAAAAAUGUAUGCACUCACUAUUACUGUAAGUCGCUCUGGAUAAGAGCGUCUGCUAAAUGAUGUAAAUGUAAAUGUAAUGAUGAUUCUGUUCUCCCUGAAAACUUUCUUGCGUGUUUUGAUUGCCCCUGAUCAUUAAUGUAUCAUGUCAAAAUAAAUCAUGCUGUACGUUUUUUUUUAAUCCAUGUAAUUACUCUACCAUGCCUUGAGGUUAGUCUCAUUUUGUUGAAGAUGAAUUGUUCAUUUGUGAAAAAUUGUGUACAGAUUUUUUUAUAGGUCCAUGGUUAGUCAAAAUGUGUCUUUUAAUUAUUCAUAGAUGAGUGCCAUAGGAUUUAUAUUGCCUAUCAUAAUCAAACAGCCAUCCUAUAAAAGGUGUUAAAAGUGCAGUGAAGUUCUGGAAGUGCUAGAAACCCCCCAGUUUUGUGUGAACAACACGCAACACUGGCCUCUGCUUUUUCUUUUCUCUUCUGUGUAGACGAGAAAGAUUGAGCCAGCUGACCAUAAUGUAAAUGGAGUUGAUUUCAGCUUUUGCAAAGCAAGCCACUUUAUUGUGAAGACUGUUGCUCUGAGCGAUGUAGGGUUGGUUGGUUGAUUGCAUGAGUUCUAUAACAGAGGCUUAAGCUGAGCUAUGGCAUGCUGUGGAACCACAGGACUGAUGAUAUUGAUUUUUAUCAUCUUGUUUUGUUGUUUAACUUUUAGUUUUUUCUUCUUUGAAACUACAAUAAAGCAUAGGGAUUUAGCCUUAAAUGCACCACUUGAAGGUUUGCUGAAUGUUUUUUAAGGUUAUUGUUUCAGCGUUAUGUACAAUAAAUAGGUUUUCAAAGCUUUAAA